UUAAUUAUUUUUUCUCCCCAUGUUGUCUUCCCUUUCCUUUUCUUUCGCCACUUUGCGCGGAUCUGUUCUUUCUGUUCUUCCCAAAAAAAUGAAGUUCCAACACCUUCCAUAACUUCCCAAACAAAUAUACAAUGUUAAUAUCAGUCUCUAGCCAUCAAUCCCGCAAGAACAUCAUAAAUCAAAACAAAAAAGGAAUCUCAUCAAACACACCGACGACCUCUUCUCCCGCAUUCGUCAGUGAAACCAGAUCCGUCGAACCAAAUCACUCACACCAAAUCACUCACCACAGAAAAACACUGAAUCAAGGACUCAUCGUGGAUAGAUAGAGUAGAGGAAUUGGAUUCUACAAAGAAUAUACAGAGAUGGGGAUUAUGGUGACGUUGUACGAGGAACGACGAUGCCCCUCUGGUUAGAUCUGAUUCUUAGUGGAUGCUUGAAUCCAUCAGAUCUGAAAUUUUCUUAUGGAUUUGAAGAGAAGGGCGAGGGUAAGCAACGGUGAUGGAAGGUCGGGAGGUGGGCGGUUACUGGAUUCCCCCUGUCUUUCCAGCUUCUCGUCGUCCUCCGCCGCAUGAAGCUAUUUUUUUCACCAUUCUCAUCCAGGCCUCCCUUCUCCUUCUCUUGAAUCCAUCGCCGGUGACUUAGACACCAUCGCCUGGGCAACCUCGAUCCUGACUACAAUAAUUCACCCAAAUUGAGGUUUCGUUUAUGGGUUCUCUUCGUCGGGAGAGGGAGAAUGAAACCUAUGGAUUUGAUGACCGUUAAUCCUCAAUUGAGCGGCGGAAGGGUGGAACAGAGAAGGGAAGAAAGGGAUGGGGGAGAGAUGGAAAUUAACCUAACUGAGACCGAGAAUAAACUUGGAGAAAGGGAAAGGUUGGGUAGGUGGGUGCCAAUCAGAGUGAAUGUUUGCUCACAAAGAGAGAUCAAAGAUGGCCGAGGUGAAGAAGGAGAAUCAAAUCGCGGAGGAUGGGAUGAGAAGGGGCUGAAAGUUGAGAGAUGGAAAGUUGACAGAGAGAUUUUUUUAUAUAUAUUUUUUAAAAGUCAAUCCACGUGGUAAUGUUAAUGACGAAACGUCUCCAUGUCAGCGUUUUUGUUAGUCCAGUCAACAUGUUAGAUGACAUCGUUAAAGAAUUGGACGGAGUGGGUUAUUUUAUGUGUUUUUCCAAAAAUAGCUAUUAUUGGCAAAAUAGCAAAAGUUAAGACUAUACAAGUGUAUUUUGCGAUUAAUUGUAUGUAUGGUUGCUGGUGAAAACUAAAGGUGACUAUUUUAUGUUUGACAAAACUUCAAGAAAUAAUGUUAUCUCGACUGUUGAGAGAUUUUUUUAUGCUCCACCAAUAGAGUUUUACUAGCAAACAGUUUUGUUUUUUGAAAUUGUGAAAUAGAGAUGUGGGGUUUUCCGUUUUUAUGGCCAAUGAAUGCUGACUGCGGACAGGUAAGCGCAGAUGAUAAAAAUGAUAAGGUCAUGUUACCUUCCAAUAUCGCGAGAGUAAAUCGGAGAGGCUCUCAAGAUUGCCAAACGAGGCUUCAGCUGAAAUGGGUAACUCUGACAUGGAGUCCAAAGGGCCAGAACUGUUCGAAGUUGGACCGUCCAAUGAUGGCUACCAGAUGGGUUUGCUGAUAGGCCAGAGGUUCAGCAAGGAGAUAAGGAGCCGGUUAGCAGGAGACCUUAUUCUUCAGAAUCAGCUUCGCCCUUUUGCUCAAACUCCACAAGGAAAGCAGCUUAUCGAGGCCCUCUCUGAUAACAACAGGAACAAGUUCCCCAGAUACUGGGAUGAGCUGUUGGGAACUGCAGCAGGCAGUGGAGUUUCUCUUCUUGAUGUGGUCUUGAUCAAUUUCAGGAAGGAGAUUCUGCCAUUCGUUCCAAAGACACUACAGGUGUCGAGCCCUGAAUCUGUCGAUACUAUCGAUGACUGUUCGGAUAUUCUCGUUGUCAGUGAGGAUCUGGCCAUUGCUGCCCACAAUGAGGAUGCUAAUGUGGCUUUAGUUGAUCACAUCUAUCUGAUCAAGGCAAAAUUGCAGAAUGGAUUAGUGUUUGUUGGGUAUACAUAUGCAGGGGAGCUUCCAAGCUGUGCAUUUGGGUUCAAUACUCAUGGACUGGCAUUCACAUUGAACUCAGUGCCUCCAUCAGAACAUGAGAUAAUGGCUGGAGGAAUUGGAAGGAACUUUGUCUCUAGAGACUUACUAGAAGCAACAAGCAUGGCUGAUGCACUGAGAAUCAUACAUUCAUGUGAAGUUUCAGUAGGGCACUGCUACAACCUCAUCUACAUGCCAGACAGAAAGAUACUGAACGUUGAAACAGCCUCGAGAAAUCGGGUUUCAGUUCGCGAGAUUGGAACAACGCCAUUCUUCCAUGCAAAUAUGUAUCUCCACCUUCAAGUCGAUCAGGUACAAGAUGACAACUCAAAAUGCAGGCAAGAAAGAGCAGCUGUUCUGGCGAAAACAUCAAAGGAGGAUUUCUUGUCAAUUCUAGGAGAUAUGGGGGACAAAAGAUACCCCAUUUACAUGAAUGGUCCAACUCUAUACACCCUAUGCACAGCAAUUAUAGAUAUCGAUCAACAAACGCUAUCAAUAAUCAAGGGGAACCCCAAGCAUGGAGAAAUCUCCCAUGUCUUCUCCGUGUCUUCAGAAGAUUCCAAGACUUUGAAAUAAGAACAAGACCCGGCAGCCAGCAGGAAUUA